CGCAAUUCUCGGCAGGCAUGCAUUUCUCGGUAUAACAUCGGAAGUCCUGGAAUGGUUAGCGCUAGCUCGAAGCUACUUUUGCACAUUUGUUAUUUCCCUAGUUUUGUCACAGCCUAGAUGGAUGAGGACUGAAUUUGAGAUUUAGUUGACCGUCUCGCGGUUGGUCUGACUGAGGGGCAUCAAUCAUGUAUGCCUCAGGGAAGUAUGGCUCCCGGGGCCCUGCUUUAAUCCCUCGAAUGAAAACCAAACAUCGCAUCUACUACAUCGCCCUGUUCUCCCUUGUGUUGCUGGGACUAAUCGCCACUGGGAUGUUCCAGUUUUGGCCACACUCCAUUGAAUCCUCAGCUGAAUGGACACUCGAAAAAGGGAGCGUACACGACGCUCCUCUCAUCCGACUACCUGUAUCCAGCCCCAUACCAGAGAGGGGGGACCUAAGCUGUCGAAUGCACACCUGUUUUGAUGUGUAUAGAUGUGGCUACAAUCCCAAGAACAAAAUCAAGGUCUAUAUUUAUCCUCUUCAGAGGUUUGUGGAUGAAUUUGGAGUCCCCAUCAGCAGUACUGGACUGUCACGAGAAUACAAUGACCUUCUAAGUGCAAUCUCAGACAGUGACUUUUACACUGAUGAUGUUACCAGAGCCUGUCUAUUUGUCCCAUCUAUUGAUGUGCUCAAUCAGAACUCGCUUCGUGUCAGAGAUACAGCCCAGGCCCUGGCAAUGCUACCCAGAUGGGACAAAGGAAUGAACCAUUUGCUUUUCAACAUGUUACCUGGAGGUCCCCCAGACUACAACACUGCUCUGGAUGUGCCUAGAGACAGAGCCCUUUUGGCAGGAGGCGGUUUCUCCACUUGGACAUACAGACAAGGUUAUGAUGUCAGCAUUCCAGUCUAUAGUCCUCUUUCAACAGAUGUCGUGCUGCCUGAACGACAGCCUGGACCGAGGCGCUACUUCAUUCUGUCCUCUCAAACAGCAAUUCACAGAGAGUAUCGAGCUGAACUGGAGCGUUUAAAGGAAGAAAACGGAGAUGCUCUACUUCUGCUGGACAAGUGUAGCAACCUUUCCCAGGGUGCUGCCUCUGCACGGAAGCGAUGUUACAAAGGGCAGGUGUACGACUACCCCCAGAUCCUGCAGGAGUCAUCUUUUUGUGUGGUUUUGCGGGGGGCACGUUUGGGUCAAGCUGCCCUCAGUGACGUGCUGCAGGCUGGCUGUGUCCCUGUCAUCCUGGCUGACUCCUACAUUCUUCCAUUCUCUGAAGUCCUUGACUGGAAAAGGGCUUCUGUGGUCAUUCCAGAAGAGAAAUUAUCAGAGAUGUACACCAUCCUGAAGAGCAUUCCUCAUAGACAAGUUGAGGAAAUGCAGAGACAGGCUUAUUGGUUCUGGGAGGCCUACUUCAGCUCUAUGAAAGCUAUUGGCCUAACUACACUCCAGAUCAUCAAUGACCGCAUAUACCCAUACGCUGCACGUACUUAUGAGCAGUGGAACAAUCCACCUGUUGUGAAGUGGUCCAGUGUCAACAGCCCACUUUUCCUUCCACUUAUCCCACCAAGAGCUCCAGGGUUCACAGCAGUGGUGCUAACCUAUGAUCGCGUGGAGAGCCUUUUCCGGGUCAUCACAGAGAUUUCCAAAGUUCCAAGCUUGGCUAAAUUGUUGGUAGUUUGGAAUAAUCAGAACAAAAGUCCUCCUGAAGAGUCUCUUUGGCCAAAGGUUGGUGUCCCUCUGAAAGUUGUACGCACCAAGGAGAACAAGCUGAGCAACCGUUUCUUCCCUUAUGACGAGAUCGAAACAGAAGCCGUGCUUGCAAUUGAUGAUGACAUCAUCAUGCUAACAUCCGAUGAAUUGCAAUUUGGUUACGAGGUGUGGCGGGAGUUCCCCGACAGGUUGGUGGGUUACCCGGGGCGGCUGCACCUUUGGGACCAUGAGAUGGGGAAGUGGAAGUAUGAGUCGGAGUGGACCAAUGAGGUUUCCAUGGUUCUGACCGGAGCUGCUUUUUACCACAAGUACUUCAAUUAUUUAUACACUUACAAGAUGCCAGGAGACAUCAAGAACUGGGUGGACGCACACAUGAACUGUGAAGAUAUUGCAAUGAACUUCCUUGUGGCAAACAUCACAGGCAAAGCCCCAAUAAAGGUGACCCCAAGGAAAAAGUUCAAGUGUCCUGAAUGUACUGCCAUUGAUGGACUGUCUCUAGACCAGACACACAUGGUGGAGAGGUCUGAGUGCAUCAACAAGUUUGCAUCUGUUUUUGGAACGAUGCCUCUGAAGGUGGUGGAACACCGUGCAGAUCCUGUGCUCUAUAAAGACGAUUUUCCAGAGAAACUGAAAAGCUUCCCCAACAUCGGCAGCCUGUGACAGCAAGCGUAGAGACAGUUCACAGCCUCAGCACUGCAAGAAUCCUCAUCGACUUCAUGUGUCAUGUUAAGACACCUUAAAUCUACAUUCAACGUAUGACUGAAUUCAAAUUUUUAGUUUGAAUAAUAAUCCUCAAUCUUCCUAUUUGUAAACACUGUUUCCUCGUAAAUAUUGCCUUGUAUAAUGAGAACACGAUGUUAAAACUUUACCAACGUUGCAUAAAGCGCUGCUGGGGGUUCAGCGAUCAGUCAGCUUAACUCGGUCUCACUGUUUCUUUUCCGGAGCUGAACACUUGAGCCUCCAGCUGCUCUGGAUUCAGCCACCAUGUUGAACGUAUUUAUAUUUCGCAGCCAUGCUGUAUAAUUUAUAACUCUUUAACAAACGUUUUCUUUUGUUACCCUGUUCUCGUUUCAUUUUCCAAAAAUGGGAACAAACUUGAUUGUUUUUAGCUGCAA